CUCAGUAUAGUUUGCCCAAACUUGUUGAGAUCAGAAGAGAAAAUUCCUCAUGUAGUAAGAAGUUGGCCAAGGGUGGUCAAAUGACUUGGACAGUGACUCUCAGUAAUCUGGUGUUAGGAGUCUAUGGAUUCACUCUCAUCACAGGUCUUCCUGCCAACUUCUUGGCUUUUUACGCCUUCUGCCAGAAGAUUCGCACCGGAUCCACCCCUAUAGUUAUCCUCCUACUUAGUUUAACUAUUUCAGACCUGAUCUUCCUCUGCUUUCUGCCGUUUCGCAUGGUAGAGGCGGUAAACAUGAAGUGGACGCUGCCGUACUUCCUCUGUCCGUUGACGGGUUUUAUCUACUACUCCACCAUCUACAACAGCACCCUUCAUCUGACGGCCAUCAGCGUCGAGCGCUACCUGGGUGUGGCCUUCCCCAUAAAAUACAAGUUAAAAAGCAAUCCCAGAAAUGCAGUGAUAGCCGUCGUUUUUUUCUGGUUGAUUUCCUUUGCGCAGUGCAGUAUCAUCUAUAUCACAUACUACCGCUAUACUUCAAAUCAGAACUUCACCAAUCCAUCUGAUAGGAACAGCUGCCAAGAGGAAUUCAGCGACAUACAGCUGAAGAUUUCCGUGCCGUAUCGUCUGGAGAUUUUUGUUGUGCUUCUCUGUGCACCGUUUCUCAUCUGCUGCUUCUGCUACAUCAAGUUUAUCCACAUCCUCUCCAAUCUACCAGAUAUGAACGCCAAGAUGAGAAAGAGAGCCAUCGGGAUGGCUGUGGUAACACUGCUGGUCUUUAUUAUCUGCUUCAUACCCUUCAACAUAUUUCUUGUUGAGGGUUAUGAUGGCAGCGACAGCACCGAAUGGAGGCUGUGUACUCUGGUCCCCUGUACACUAAACGCAUGUCUCGAUCCUUUCAUAUUCUACCUUUCUUCUUCAGCGUUCAGAGAGACUUUCAAGAGCGCCUUGCGAGAGCUGACAAGCCGCAUGACCAUGCUUUCGUGCCAACCAGCUUCUUCUGUCUGUUGUUUAAAGGUGGGACAGCAAAGUAGAGAACAGAGAGAUCACAUCCCAAUGACAUAAUAACAAUAUUUGUGAUGCAGGAUUGGGAGAAUCUCUAAGGAUUAAAAGCGCACCGGUGCUUUGACCGAAGUUACAAUAUUAGUAUUUAGACCAGUCGAGAUGCUCAAGCGGAUGCUGAAUGCAAAACAUUUGCACAUUCUGUAUUUAUGUAAUCAUGUGUAACAUUUCUUUGCUAUUUCUUAUUAAUAAAGGAAAACUAUUUUA